UAUGCCUUACUUGGUAGUUGAGUCUCAUUUGGGACGUUGACGAUGAUCGUUAAUCUCUGUGAAAACAAAAAAAGUUUGAGAAGAAAAGUGAAAGGGAAUGGGUGCGAUAACGAGCGCGGUGAUAGCAGUGGUGGGAGUGAUUUUGGGUUGGAUCACAAUAGAGAUAGCGUGUAAACCUUGUCUUGAAAAGGGUCGCGAAGCCAUCGAUCGAAGUCUCAAUCCAGAUUACGAUCCCGACGACGAUGAAGACAACGCCAUCCGCGCCCCACUCAAUCCCCCCGCCGUCUCCAACAGCUCCUCCUCCGCCGCCAUCGCUUCCUCCGCCGCCGUCAAAGCCGUUUGAAAUUUGUGACGGGUCUGGUAUUCAAUAUCUGUACCCAAAGUGUUUUUUUCUUCUUCUUUGAGAACAGUAAAUGAAAAGACUGGGUUUUUUCAUCUGGGGUGGAUCUGUGUUGUUUGUCUGAGAGUGGUUUGGGAUAUUAACUCUGUUUUAUAUUGUUGAAUAAUAGAAUGUGGAUGUUGUAAUUUACCUCAAGCGUUGUGGCUGGGAAUGUAUUGGAUCGUGUAAAUUGCAUACGUUUGUUAAAAGGGAUUGGAAUGGGAUGAAUUGGUGAGAAUUGAAAUCAAA